UUAAAUGACAUUAAAGCAACAAUCAUAAAUAUUAUAAAUCCAAUCAAAAAAAAUUAAACCACUUAAAAAGAGUCUUUGUCAUAUUCUUCAACAAUUGCAAGCAUUGACAUCUUUUGUGUGAUGUCUACCUGAAUAUUUUAGAAUUAAUCUAUUGUUUUGCAUUUUAAAAAUAAAGAAAUGGCUUGCAAUUCUUGCUUUAAAGCCUUUUCUAUAUUUCGACAAGAAAAAGGUUGCCCAAAUUGUGGAUUUAGCUUUUGUUCAAAAUGUUUGAACUACAAAAUGUUUGUAAAAAAAUUGAACGAAGAAAGGAAGGUUUGUCUUAAAUGCUCACGUCUAUCAAUGAAUAAACCAGAUAAGGCACGUGUUAUUCCUACUGAUGCUUACAACAGGAAUGCUUUAUCCAAAGACAAUACAAGUACUUCUAAACAAAAUGAUAAUGUUGAAACCAAUAGGAUUGAUGAAGAAAUUAAAGAAAGAUUAAACAAAUUAAAACAAACUGCUUCAUCAAAUACUGAAGUUAGUAAUAAGGAUAUAGCAGAAAGAUUACAGAAAUUAAAGGAAGACUCUGUGAGUUCUAAUGAUGUUAAAUUACACCCAAGUUUGACUACAGCAGGUGGUUCGUCUGUUACAGUGUUGAAUGUCAAGAAGAAAAGAAGUGAACAAGAGGAAGUUAAUGAUUUACUGGUGGAGCUGGAGGAGAAAUCUAAAAUUGACACAAAAUACAGUAAAGAUUUUGAAAAUAAACUUUCCGAAAUUGAGAUGAGACUGCAGAAAUUAAGAAGUUCCAAUACAAAUACGGACAUAGUUGAACAAACAUUAAAAAGAAAUAUACCAGAUAAUGAACAAACAGCACCUAGCCAGAUUUUAGGCAAGCCAAUAAAAACUGAGCAAGAAGAACUUAAUGAUCUUUUGAAAGAACUAGAAGAGGAAUCAAAAAUUGAAGCUCAGUAUUGUGAUGAUUUUGUAAUGAAACUCAAUGAUCUUGAGAAGAGGUUAAAUAACUUAAAAAAAACCCAACCGAGUACAGAUGAAGAUGUCCAAAAAUUGAAAAAUAAUAACGAUGAACAAACUGUCUUAAGGCAAAUUCUUGAAAAGAUACAAAUGGAUGUAAGCAACAAAGAUACAGAAGGGAUUUCUCCAGAUUUAAAUGACGAGUUGCCAUUUUGUGAAAUAUGCAAUGAGGAUGCCAAAGUUCGUUGUAAGGGAUGCAAAUACUUGUUCUGUAUAAGAUGUUUCAUUGAACAUAAAGAUGAAGAUUGUAAUGAAUAUGAAAUUUAUAAUGCACCAAAAUAGACUACACUUUGUAUACCGUAACUUGUUAUAAUAUUUAAAGCUUACAUUGUAUUUAAUCCUGUUAUACUAUGUAUAAAAGCGCUUAUUGUAAAUGUACCGAUCUCGCUUAUUUAUACUUUUAUUUUUAAUAUGUUAAAUACAAA